AUGCGUAAUACUAACAGAGAUUUUAGUAUUAAAAAGGCUACAAAGUUAGAGGCUAAAGUGUUCACUGGCAUAGCCGAUCCUGCAGUUGUGCAGGCAUGGAUGACCAAGAUAGAAAGGGUAUUUGACGUUAUGGCUUGCUCAGACGAUCAGAAGUUGUGUCUUGCCACCUUCUUAUUAGAGGAGGAUUUUCAUCGUAUCUUUUACGAUGCCUAUUAUCCUCGGUCCUAUAAAGAUGCAAGGCAGGAGGAAUUUUUGAAACUUGUACAAGGGCAGAUGAUAGUUGUAGAAUAUCAGGUGAAAUUUAUUGAACUUUCAAAGUAUGCCCAAGUUUUAGUAAGCAACGAAAUUGAUAAAUGCAGACGAUUUGAAAAUGGGUUAAGGGAAGAAAUCAGACCAAGUAGUAGAGAACAAACAAUGUUCAGAGCAAGCGAUAGUCAGACAAUGGCAAGUGCUUCUAGCUAUAGACCACCGCGGAGGGACAGUAGAGGAUUUCGACCUGGUGUAUCCAGUUCAGGUCAAUUCAAAUCUCGGUUCCGAGAAAAUCAGGGUUCUAAAUUUAGUCCCAAUACUGUACAGCAGCCAUUGGCCGGUUGUAAUUAUACUCAGGGUUCUUUCCAGAGAUCAUUUACUCCGAGACAGGGAGAGAGUUCUACUAGUGCCAGAUUUUCGUCUUGCCAAUUAUGUGGAAGAUCUCAUCCUGGAGAGUGUUUAAAGUUCAAGGAAGUUGGUAUUUGCUAUCGCUGUGGCUAA